AUGGAGAACAAAUUCCAAUUGGCUAAAAACUAUAUUUUCUCUUAGGAUUUGACCAUUGAUUCUUAUAUUGACGCUAAGGAUUAGGUCAAUCAUUGGUGUGUCGCUCAAGUAUGCGACAUAGAUGAAGAAAAAGGAGUAAUAAAGAUACAUUUUGAAGGUUGGGGGACUAGGUAUGAUGAGUUGGUCAAAAAGAACUCAUAGAAGCUGGCUCCUUUUAGGAGACAUACAGUUGGGUACACUGGACAAAGAAAACUUGCAAUGAGAGAUUUCAAGAUCAAUUUACCUUACUUGCAGACAGUAAUUUUAAAUAUGCUAACAUACUUUUAGAUUAAGACUUAAAUCUCAGAAACCAUUCAUUCUGGAUUUAAAAACUUCGAAAGCCCGCUACAGAUUUUGUAGUUCAUAAGAGGAGAGCUCUAUUUUUAUGUAGACUCAUUGAUUUCACUAAUAGCUCCAACAUCAUUCGAAGACUUACCAGGAAUAUUCGAAUUUAUGCAAAGUAUCUUCAGAUUGAUCUUCAAAUGGAUGGAAGUGUUCCCUAACUACUUGAAGGCCUUUUAUGAAAGUCAACAACAUCCCUAAUUAUAUCUUACUGAUAUCGAUGCUGCCAUUGCUAAUUGUGGAAAUGAACUAUUUGAUUUACUUGAAAAAUGCUUUGGGAAUUGCCAGAGAUGUGCGAAAUUUUUCGCUAAAUUCAGCUCCGAAUACAUUUUUGAAGGUGAUAAGGUUUUUGCCUCUAAAGAUUAAAAGAAAUCAAAUGGAUUAAGGAUGAGCUUUUUGAAUUCCUUUGGCAAUAUGAGAGGAUUCGAUUUAAUUCUUGAUUUCAUCAAUUUUGAAUAUUAAGAUACAAAAGGUAAGAUGGUCAAGGGUUGCCCCUUCGUGCUGAUACUUAAGUUGCUGAGACCUUUCAUCAAUAUUCUUGACCAAACAGAUAAGCAGUUCGCAUCUAAGUUCUCAGAAUAGAUCCAAAAAGCUUUGAUGUACAGACUUGAUAAUCUAUCAGAAAAUGAGAUUAAGGAAUCUGACAAAGAUAUCCUAAGAGACAUCAUUGAUAUUCUUAGAUUUUACAUUCAGUAGAUUGAUCCUCAGAACGCUGAUAUGAUUGUGGAAUUAUAUGAACUUAAGAUUGCCUAGAAAUAUCUUAGAUGUCCAUUCUUUGAAAAAAGAGUUAGAGGAAUCAAUGAGUUGAAAGAAAUUUACACAAGAGUGACCAAUGCACAUCAAAGAAAUAGGGAUUAAAUGGAAUACACUAAAUGGUUAAAUCUCGAAAAGUUUUCUUAAUGGAUAUCGUAAGAGGGUAUUAUUGAGUUUAUUUUUGUUGAAAAUCCACAUGUUGAGCUUAUCAAAAGAUCUUUCGAAAUUCUAAGAUUAUUAGCAUUUGAUGAGAGAUUUUUCUCAGCUGAAGUAAUGGAAAUGCUCUGGAAUUGCUGUAAAGAAAAGCAUGAAGACAUAAUAAGAGCUACUCUAGAUCUCAUUCAAGACUUAGUUCUUGUAUUACCUCUUGAUAGAAUUCAAUAGUUUUUCAACAAACUCUAGACUAUCAAGGAGAGUGAUUAUGAUGAAAAGAUGGUCUAAUUCCUAAGAAAUUAUACUCUGAAUACUAUGAGAAAUAUUAGAAAUGCGAGAAAAGGAGAUCAAAGAACAGGAGUGGUCAAUAAUCUUUUGAGAGGAAAGAAAGAAGUUAAGAUUGAUGAAUCUAAGUACAUUGAUCUUCACAAAUUUUGGCUAGUGUUCCAGGACUCCAACAAGGUCUCACAAAAAAUUAAGGAAACUGCUCUUAGUAGCUUAAUAGAUAUUCUGAUAGAUUUUAAUGAAAAGGAGAUGAAAGAUCAUUUCAUAGUUCAGAGUUUGGAGAAUAUCAAAAGAGGUGAUACUUUCUAGAUUUCUCUAAUAUUCCUAAGGAGAAUAUUAAAUACUUUCCCUCUAGAGUAGAAUUAAAGAUUAAAAACCAGUAAUUAACCGAUCUCAGUCAAUGUGGUUCUUACCGAAAUAUUCAAUAAAUACGAUCUUUUUGAUUUCAUCUUUACUAGCACAUCCGAAUAUCUUAAGUAAGCCUAGUCCCUCAUUUAAUAAGGACUAAAGAAACCAGGUUAAGGAGAAAAAAUUUUCCAAUUGGUGUUCUCAGGUAACAUUUCUCACGAAGAAUAUAUAAAGAACAUAAUAAAUUUCAUUGAUUUCGUACUUGUAAACUCUAGAGUUACCUUAAAAUACGAUCAUGUUGAUAAAAUGUAUAAUCUAUUUGUCAACAGAGCUAUUUCUGAGUAUGAAACUAAUCUAUUCUUUUAGCUUAUUACCAAGGAGAAUGAGAACUCGAGAUCUAAUUAAAGGAAGUUUUUACUUGAUGAUAAGGUUAGAUCUGAGGUGUUUUCUAAAAUAUUCUGCAAUAACAAAAUAUUCAAUAGUGAGAAGAUAAAUAUCGAAGGAUUUUUGUGCUUCAAGAGACUUUUCUUGAUUGUUAACGAGGAAGAAAAAUCACUAGAGGUAUAAAGAGAGGAUAGAAUCAUAGUCUUAAAUCUCAAUCAGCUUUAAGGAAUCGAGACAUUAUGGUCAAUAGCUAUCCAAUGUAACAAUUAAUAAGUCAAAGAUAUUUGCAAGGAUUUCUUAGUCGAUCUCUAUCUUAAGACAAAAACUAAGUCUAGUCUUUAAAAGAAACAGAUAAAUGAGUUGUUCCCUUAAAAGUGCUUUUCUUAAUUCAAAAAUUCUUCAGACAGAUCUGACUAUUAAUUAAAUUGCUUAAGACUAAUCAAAACUUUCAUUAGUAGAUUUGAUGGAGAACAUAUUCUCGAAGAAGACAUCACUUAAUUUGAUACUAAAGAAAUUAAGUAAAUUCAGGUAACGCUAACACCUGAUAAAAUAACUCAAAUGAUUCAAAUUCACCCUUCUUAAAAGUUUUGGCAAUUAAAGAGAAGAAUGGCCAAUGCAUACAAGCUUAAAUUAAGUGAAUUCUACAUUAAGACUAAACAAGGGCCAUUAGAUGAUGCUGUUUAUGAUGAAUUGCUCAAAGACUAUAAGAUUGAUACCCUUCAUAUACACAGAGUUCCAAUGGAGGAGAUGGAAAAAGAUUUCCCAAGAUAUAUUAUUUGCAAUAAUAAUGAAUUCCUAAAUCAAUUCCUUGACCUCUUAAAGUCUGGAUAGGAAGAUUGUAAAAGAGAAGUACAAAAUCUCUUAGAAAUUUUGCCAAUAUCAAUAGAAGUUAAAUCUUACAUUAGAGAAAAGAUAUUGAACUUCCAGACUACUAAUUAUAAAGAGUUAAACAAAAUCUUCCAAUGGAAUCCUUAAGAGUUAUCUAGAGCAAGCUAUUUCUUGAUAAGUUUAGAGGAAUUGCUUAUACCUAGAAAGGAAACUAACAAUUAAGAGUAAUUACAAAUAGAAAUUUAAACAAAACUUGAGUUUUGCACAAAGUUCAUUUAAAAUGGUGGAUUCCAGUUCCUGUCAGAAGCAUUUACUUAGCUUUCCAAGAAAGACUUGGAAAAAGACAUUCUUAAAACCAAAGUACUUACAAUAUUACUAAAGCUCAUAACUCAUAUGUUCUCACAUCAAAAAUAAAUUCCAAUUUUGAAAUAGCAGAUUGAUAGCAAUGUUAUUCAAACAUUAGUGUCUGAGGCCUUGAUAUUAUUCUAAAACCUUAUAACAACAAUCAGACUAUAAUAGAUUUCUGGAAUCUAAAUUAAUGAGAAUAGCGAAGUAAGAACAUUAACUAAGGAUGUUUAGAUUCUUCAAAAUGCUUUGACCUUCAUCAACAGAGCAUUGAUUUCCUAUCCAAAAGAAAUAGGAACUUUAUAUGAAUUCCCUUAAAUUAGUGAGAUUAUCAGAAUCGCUCUUAUCGAUAUCGAAGUUGAGGUCAUUUAAAGAUUAACAUCAAGUAUCAUCUAAGAUCUCUGUGUUAAGCUAGAAAAUAGCUAAUUGAUUGAAGUUAAGCCUUCUUUCUUCUUCAUGAAAAUUUUCAUUGAUGAAUGCCUGAACUUUGCCCUUGAUUAAUAAAAUAGCCUUAAGACAAAAAAUUUCUUCAAUCUCAUGAAUUAAGUAUUCAAUGACACAGAAGUCUGCAGUCAGAUUUCAAACAUUAGACCUAUCCUUAAUUUGACCAAAGACUUAGCAAAUAUGAUUUUCUAGAGAGAUAUUAUUGAAUUAAGUGCAAGGGAUGAAGACACUGUACUCUAGGGUAUAUUUACCUUCCUUAAAAUAAUGUUCCAUAAGUACCCAGAACUGAGAGAUAUUUACUAGGAUAAAAACAAGCUUCUCUAGUACAUUAUUCAUGAUUGUCUUUUCCAUAAAGAGACCAGAGGGCAUGUUAUUGCAAAAUAAAAAGCUUUACCACCGAAAUGCAAAAAUAACAGCACUAGAGACAAGAGUCUUGAGUUACUUAAUGAAUUAUGUUUCAAGAAUACAGAAGGAAUUCAAAUACUCAUACGAUAUUUGAAAAAUUAUAUUAGUGAAACAUUCUGGAGAACUCCAAGAAAGAAUGAUUGGGGUAUUAGUGUUCAUUAGCAAGAAAGAUCUUUGACAGGCUUCGUUGGACUGAAAAAUAUAGGGUGCAUUUGCUACAUGAAUUCAAUUAUGCAACAGUUAUUUAUGAUUCCAUCAUUCAGAAAAUCGAUGCUUGAAGUUGAAGAUCCAAGUUCAGCUCUAGACAUCUAAAACAACGAUGAAAAUGUACUCUAUCAGCUCAAAAUGAUAUUUGGUGGGUUAAUGGAAGUUGAGAAACAAUAUUAUAACCCUAAAAAAUUCUGUGGGGCUUUUAAGGACAUUGACGGAAGUCCAAUAGAUCCCUUUGUCUAAAAAGAUGUUGAUGAGUUUUUCAACAUGCUUAUGGAUAGAAUUGAGAACUUGAUCAAAGGCAAGAAAGAAGAAAGAGUCAUCAAAAAUCUUUUCUAAGGAGUAUUUGCCAAUGAAUUUAUCUGCAAGGGUUGUCCACAUUACAGUGAAAGAGAAGAGCCAUUUUUAGCAAUCAACCUUUAAGUCAAGAAUAAGCACUCAAUCAAGGAGAGUCUAGACUCAUUCGUUGAGGGAGAAAUGCUAGAAGGAGAUAAUGCAUAUUACUGUGAGAAAUGUGAAAAGAAGGUUAACACUCUAAAGAGAUGUUGUAUCAAGAGGAUGCCUAAUGUUCUCUUUAUGGUACUUAAGAGAUUUGAAUUCAAUUAUGAUACUAUGACAAAGUUUAAGAUUAAUGACUAUUGUGAAUUCCCAAUGUCUAUUAACAUGAGUGAAUAUGGGCAAGAGUAUCUAGCCAAAAAAGACUUGCUUAAAGAGAUGGAAGAUAAGAACUUAACUAAGGAGGAUCUUAACGAAGAUUAAAGGGCAAUCUUAGAGAGAAACAUUCCUUCUAAAUACUAUGACUAUACCCUUAAAGGUGCUGUUAUUCAUAUAGGUACUGCUGAGUAAGGCCAUUAUAUCUCAAUUAUCUAAGAUCGUGAAAAUCCAAAUGGAAAAUGGUAUGAAUUCAAUGAUCAUCUAGUCAGAGAAUUUGAUCCAUAAGACAUUCCUAAUGAUGCAUUUGGAGGAGAUGAUGAUACUUUCAUCAACAACUUCAAUAUGCAAAAUAUUCAAGGAGGCAUCCAGAAUGAAUAAAUCAUGAAUGCAAUGAAGUAGCUCAAAGCGAAAAUAAAGAAUGCAUAUGUAUUGAUUUAUGAGAGAGAAGAAAUUUUAGACAUGGAAAAAGUAAAUGAAAUCAUUGAUGAUCCUUAAGUCAACAUAAAUAAGCAAGAAGUCCUUUACAGAUUUGAUAAUUGCAGGUUGCCCAAGAUGAACUCUAAUCAUAUUCAGAUUCCUCUCUAAAUUCAUGAUACUAUCCUGGAAAAGAACAAGAAAUUCUGGCUUAGUAAAUUCAUCUUUAACAGAACUUACAUUGAAUCAGUCUACAAUAUCUUCUAGCAUAUCAUAAUAGAGGAAGACACCAACUAUGAGAUUGCUAGAUAAAAUGAUUUAUAAUCUCUUUCUGGAACAUAGCUUGAGAUUUACAAGUUCUUUACUACAUUCUUCCUUACCACAGUAAUUAGAGCUAAGGAGAGAAAAGCUGUCCCUAGUUACAUGAAGAUAAUAAGAGAAUCUUUGAACAAAUCUUUAAGUCUUAGUCUUUGGCUAUUGGAAACUUUUUCAAAUCAGGACUUAAUUAAAGAAUUUUUGAUUGACUGCCCUAUUCCAGAUAUGAAGAGAUUUGUAGCUGGUCUUUUAAAAACAGCGAUGAGAAAGGUAUAUCAGUAUGAAGAGUCCUAUAUAAGCUAAUAUAUACAGAAAUAAGACUCUAGUAUCCUAGAUUUCAUUACUGAGACUCAAGGUAAUCAUAUUAAGCACCAUAGAGCCAUAGAUCUUAGAUCAUCCACAACAAUGGAGUACUCAAUAAAUUCAAGUCCCUUGUGCUCAAAUCUAAAUUUGUUAGUGAUGUCUCACCAUACUAAGGAUAUUCCAAUUCUAAUAAUGUUCUUCAACUCUUUUGUGCACUUGAAUGUAUCACCUCAUUACUUUAGAAAUUAUCUACUAUGCGGAUAGUUCUAUUAAGUGUUCUCAAGAUUUGCAGAUUUGGGUGAAUAGGCUAGACUCUAUAUGCUUAAAAAUAAAAGUGUUGGUAGACUCCUAGACCUAUUGAUGAACGGUGAGGGAAAUAAGAACUUCCUUCAAUAGCAUGAUAAGUAUAGAAAUAUUACUCUUAGUCAAAUACCUCUCUUCAAAAUAGAUAAAUCACUCUAUCUUGAAUCAAAACUAGAGAAGAACGAUGUGUUCUUAAGUAUUGCUGAAAGGAAGAAGAAUCUCAUGCAAGCAACUGCUCCAUUCUAAUUCCUUGUUCAUUCUAUCUCAAUACUAAGCAGAUCUUGUAGAUUUGUGAUAUCCUAAACUUAAAAUCCCUAUGCCAUUGACCAAAUUAACUACAAAUUAGAUGAGGAUGAGUUAUCGAUGAUUAUUGAUCAUAAGAAUAACUGCUGGUGGAAUAAUAGCAAUACUCGCCUUUCAAGAAACGUAAUUGCUGAGAUGUUUGCUCAUAUUUCCUUUGAUAAUAAGGAAUUCAGUGUCCAGGUUUUGAAUACAAUCCUUGAUGGCUUGAGUAAAGUCUCUUUCGAAAGCAUGAAGUACUUUGAAAGGGCCUUAAUUAAAAUGCUUAUGAUUAAGGAUUAGUAUCAAAUUGAUAGAACAAAGAAAGCUAUUUAAUGCAUUUUAGAUCUUAUGAAGACAAGCACUUCAUAUUACAAAGACGUUGAUUCUUUGAUAGAUAUUGUCUACAAGUUAGCUUAGAGAUCUCAGCUUGUUGUAGAUUUAAUGACUAAGUAGUCUGCACUUUAUAGGUUUAUAGAAUAAUGGUCAAAAGAAAAUCCACAUACCCCUCUUAAUUAGACUAAGACAAGAGUUUUCAGAUAAGGCAUCAUUAACUGGAAUAACUCUAAGUUUAAUGGUUAGUUCAAUCAAAACUUCAUUGAUAAGGUUAGUUAAUACACCAAGGACAGACUCUUAAAGAUCUAAAGUUUAAUUAACAAGGAGACAACUCCAAAUGAAAAUCUUUAUGAUUCAGAUGACGAUAUGUACAGCCACGAUUUCUAGGAGAAAGAAAGAGUUGAUUUCGCUGAUCAAUAAGAUAACUGGUACACUGGCUAUGUUGAAAUUUGCCUGGAUGAAAUGGUAAGAUGUCAUGCUGAUGUUUAAGGCAACCAGAAAGUCAACCCAAUGUGGAUUGAAACUGAGGGAGAUAAGAUAGCACCACCCAAUACAUACUCUACCAGUGAGAAGAAGAGACUCCAUCAGUUUUACAUCAGACAUCUUAACAAUCUCCUUAAUUCAUCAAUGGGAAACUGA